CGCAGCGAGGCGGCGGCCUGGAUGUGUGAAGCGUCCUCUCCUCCCCAUGGCUCGGCAGGAGGCGAAGCUCCGGAGCCCCGGGGUAGCCGGGCGGAGUGGAGAGUGCGGGCUCAGCCGGGCCGGCGUGGAAGCCGCGUGCAGCCGGGGUGUGAGAUGCUCCGGGCCGGCGCGGGCUCCCCGGACCAUCGCGUCUCGGAAUGCGCCCUCGCCGCCGUGGCUGCCGCGGCUGCUGCUGCGGCUGCUGCUACUGGGACUCCUGCUGCUGGCGGCUCUCCCCGGACCCUGCCUGGCCGCCCCGGGGACAGACCACCCGCAGAUCACUGGCACCCCCACGCCAGAGCCAUUUGUUCCCGGUAAACUGCUGCCUAUGUCACCAACAUGGCCUUUCUCCGGAGUCCAGUCUUCCGGGGACCGCCUCAGGACUGUGCUGGGCCCCGCGGACAACAGGAGCGCACUGCAGCCUGCCCGCACCGCACCCCAAGCUCCACGCAAGGCCAGGGCACAAGGCGCCGCUGCCUCCCCGCUCCAGAGAAGUGGACAGAGCAGCGCCGCCCUCGGACCUUCCCAGGACCCCGCUGCAGCGACUCUGCUCCAACCCAGACCUCUCGGGAGACAGGCCUCAGCCCCGUCAGCUGGCCUCAGGCUAAGUCUCCUGUCUGGGGCCGGACUUGCAUCACCGUGGAAUACAGCAGGAACAGAUGUUCCCUCCACCCCUGAUUUCCUGCAGCAGGUGCAGAAUCCGACCUCUCUUCUGCCUGCUCCCCAAAUGCCAACUCCGCAAGAUGGGAACGGUGAUAGAGCCUCUCAGAUGGCAGUUUCUGACAUUUCUCUCUCAAGCAAAUCUCCAAAGCUCCUCUCCACACCUUGGACAUUUCCCCUGCAGAAGGAGGAAAGCAUGACAGCUGCUCUAGGAGAAAAGGAAGCAGUGAACCUGAGCAUCGCUCUCCACACCCUUCCAAGUAGAACAAUUCGGAAUCUUCCCACCGUGAAUGGACUUGCCUCUGAUUUUAGCUCACAUCCUGUUUCUUCUGCAGCCAUUUUAACAUUAAGAGGGAAUCUACUUCUUCAGAAUCUCCUUUCCUCCACACAAGCCAUGCAAACUCUUUCACCAUCUCCCACUUCUUCCAACACCCAGCUGGAGACUCACACAGCUGAGCUAGGCCAUUCUGAGCUGCCAGGUUCAGCUUCCAAACAGGUGACAGCAGUUCCCUCCUCUGCUCAGGGCUAUGAUUUCUCAACAAUAGUAGUCAGGAAAAAGCCAGCAAUCACAGAUGUUUUCUGGAGUUCCUUUUUAGCAGAAACUGGAUCCCUUUCCCCAAAACCAAUGAAAUCUGGCGCUCUGCAGCAAACCAACAAUGAUUUAAAUGGGCACACAAUUAACUCCACAAACUCAGAAGCUCAUUCAGCUUCAGCAACUCCUCCCCCUAGUUUAACUUCAGCUGUGAGUUCAAUGAACUCCCAGGAUUUCAAUGACAUUGCUAGGCAUUUUGCAAUGGCAGAAGGCUUUCACAUUCAGGAUUCAGUCCCUGGUACAAGCACCAACCAGCCUGCUCAACAGUCGGAUGCUCUGGUGGAUGGAAACCUGGCAGAUAUUUUGUCCUCAAGCGAUAACAGUGGUUCCAGAAACUUCCAAGCUUCUGAGUUUAAAGAGCCCUCACCAAAUCAAAGCCCUGGAUUUCCUCCUCCUCCACAUCCUCUUUUGCUAACUUCUCCACAGAGACCUUCAGCCACUCGCUGGCAGGAAAUGCUUUCAGAUGGCAUGGAUACAAGUUUCCAAUUGGUCAGGACUACCUCGCCAUCUCCUGUGAUAAAAGACGCCACCAUGUUCCAGGGCAUCGUGAGAUAUCACUCUACUGCUGAAUCUCCUCUCUCAAACCAUGCCUUAUUCAGCACCCCGUCCAAAGUGCUGCUGGCUUCUCAGCUCCCCAAGAAAGGGACAGGUGCCGCCAUUAAUGCAGCAGACUCCUCAGUGUUAUCGAAGGCUGAGCCAACAGCAGCCAGUGCUUCAUCGUUGCUGAAGAAAUCAAGUCCGCUGGCGCUGUCUGCAGCCUUUGUUGCUAAGGGCAGUGGUAACAGCCCUUCAGCCAUGGCCUCAGGAUUGGUCAAGAGCAGUUUGACCACUGCCCUGGUUAAAAAUGUCACAAGCAGUGCAGCAUCUGGCCCCAAGGUGACACCUGGAACUGUCCAUCCAGCCUUCUCAUUCACACCGACCUACAUGCUUGCAAGAACAGCACACACCAUGAGUGCUCACACAGCCAUGCCAGGGAACACGGGUGCUGCAUCUGGCCUGUUGUCCACAACACUCCCCCCCAGGAAAUCACAAGCCAUGCACACAGGCCUUCCAAACCCCACCCCUCCAGACAUACCCCGAGGUUCCACCACACAUCCGCUGACAAUCACAGCAGCCUUGACCUCCAUCACUGCCCUGGGAAGGGCCACUCGGUUCCCUUCUAUACUGGCAGAAAACACAGAUACUGCUCUUUCUGCUGUGUCCACUGCAGUGGUCACGACCAGCAAAAUCACAUCCAAUCUGGAGUGUCAGAUGUCCAGUAAACUCCUGGUGAAAACAGUUCUCUUUCUGACACAAAGGAGAAUGCAGAUUAGUGAAUCCUUGAGGUUCAAUGUAGCCAAAGGACUCACACAGGCUCUGCGGAAGGCUUUUCACCAGAACAAUGUCUCAGCCCACGUGGAUAUUCUGGAACAUUCUCAUAAUGUCACGAUUGGUUAUUACGCUACCAAAGGGAGGCUGGUGUACUUGCCUGCUGUAGUGAUGGAAAUGCUAGGUAUUUAUGGAAUCAGCAACGUCACUGCAGAUCUGAAGCAACAUAUUCCAAACUUACAGUCUGUGGCAGUACUUGCCUCUCCAUGGAAUGCCCAGCCUGCUGGCUACUUCCAGCUGAAAACAGUGCUGCAGUUUGUGAGUCAAUCCGACAACAUACAGUCCUGCAAGUUUGCUCAGACAAUGGAACAUAGGCUACAGAAGGCUUUCCAGGAUGCUGAGAGGAAAGUCCUGAACACCAAGAGCAACCUGACUAUUCAGAUCAUCAGCACAUCCAACGCCUCCCAGACGGUCACUUUGGUGUACGUGGUAGGCAAUCGAAGCUCCUUCCUCAAUGGCACGGUCGCCAGCAGCCUCCUUCGCCAGCUCUCUGCUGAGCUGGUGGGGUUCUACCUCACCUACCCACCGCUCACCAUUGCUGAACCCCUGGAAUAUCCCAACCUUGACAUAUCAGAAACAACCAGAGACUAUUGGGUAAUUACAGUGCUACAGGGUGUGGACAAUUCGCUGGUGGGCCUGCACAACCAGAGCUUUGCCCGGAUCAUGGAGCAGCGUCUGGCCCAGCUCUUUAUGAUGUCCCAGCAGCAAGGCCGGAGGUUUAAACGGGCCACCACCUUGGGAAGCUACACUGUGCAGAUGGUCAAGAUGCAGCGGGUGCCAGGACCCAAAGACCCAGCAGAGCUAACUUACUACACCCUGUACAAUGGGAAGCCAUUGUUAGGCACUGCAGCUGCCAAGAUCCUCAGUACCAUUGACUCCCAAAGAAUGGCGCUCACCCUCCAUCAUGUUGUCCUUCUGCAAGCUGACCCGGUGGUGAAGAACCCACCCAACAAUCUGUGGAUCAUUGCUGCAGUGCUGGCACCCAUUGCUGUGGUCACAGUCAUCAUUAUCAUCAUCACUGCUGUGCUUUGCCGGAAGAACAAGAAUGACUUCAAACCAGACACCAUGAUGAACCUGCCACAGAGAGCAAAGCCUGUGCAAGGCUUCGAUUACGCCAAGCAGCACCUGGGCCAGCAAGGAGCAGAUGAAGAGGUGGUUCCCGUGACACAGGAAACGGUGGUGCUCCCUCUCCCUACAAGAGACGCUCCUGCCUCCCAGGAAAGGGAUAUCGUCCAGGAUGGCAGCACCAUCAAGACAGCCAAGUCCACAGAGACCAGAAAGAGCAGGUCGCCCAGUGAGAAUGGCUCUGUUCUCAGCAAUGAAUCAGGGAAGCCCAGCACAGGGAGGCGCUCGCCCCAGAAUGGAAUGGUACAGCAGAAAGUGACAAAGGAGGAGGCCCGGAAGAGAAAUGUGCCAGCCAGUGAUGAUGAGGAAGGAGUGGUUCGUUUUGACAAUGGCAAGGCGACUACUGAGCCCUUUGAUGUGACUUCUGGAUCGGUGCAGCUCAUUGCAGUAAAACCCACCGCCCUCCCCGUGGUGCAUCCCCCCUCAGACAGGAGCCAAGAGCCUGCAGUCCUCAACGGUGAGGUGAAUAAAGCCUUGAAGCAGAAGUCGGACAUCGAGCAUUAUCGGAACAAGUUGCGCCUGAAAGCCAAAAGGAAGGGGUAUUAUGACUUCCCCCCAGUGGAGGCAAACAAAGCACAGACAGAGCGAAAAAAGAUGUACGAUAAAGCCCCCAAGGAAAUGGAGCAUGUUUUGGAUCCAGACCCAGAACUGUGUGCCCCAUACACGGAGGCUAAAAACAGGCAACAGAUGAAGAACUCUGUCUACCGAAGCCGGCAGUCUCUGAACAGCCCGAGUCCAGGGGAAACGGAGAUGGACCUUCUGGUCACUCGGGAGCGACCCCGGCGUGGAAUCCGUAAUAGCGGAUAUGAUACUGAACCAGAAAUCAUUGAGGAAACCAACAUUGACCGUGUGAAUGAGCCCCGGGGCUACAGCAGAUCGAGACAAGCAAAGGGCCACUCAGAGACGUCCACGCUGAGCUCACAGCCUUCCAUCGAUGAAGUCAGGCAGCAGAUGCACUUGCUGCUGGAGGAGGCUUUUAGCCUGGCAUCCUCAGGCCAUGCAGGGCAGAGCCGGCAUCCAGAAGUCUAUGGUUCCACCCAGCACCUGCCCUACUCAGAGGUGGUGACCAGCGCACCAGGGACCAUGACGCGACCCAGGGCUGGGGUGCAGUGGGUGCCAACCUACCGCCCAGAAAUGUACCAGUACAGCCUGCCCCGCCCAGCCUACAGGUUUUCCCAGCUUCCUGAAAUGGUCAUGGGUUCUCCACCUCCACCAGUACCUCCCCGAACGGGUCCCGUGGCUGUCACUUCUCUUAGGCGGUCCACCUCGGACGUGGGCAGCAAGACCAGGAUGACCGAUUCUGCGGGGCCCGAGGCGGGCUCCCUGCACGACAGUGCGUCCUUCGCCCAGGUGUCCCGAGGCCCGGUGUCCGUGGCACAGCUGGACCAGUCGCCGUUGAAUUACUCAGGUAAUACGGUGCCGGCUGUGUUCGCCAUUCCAGCUGCCAACCGCCCCGGCUUCACAGGCUACUUCAUCCCGACCCCUCCCUCAUCCUAUAGAAACCAGGCCUGGAUGUCCUAUGCAGGAGAGAAUGAGAUCCCGAGCCAGUGGGCAGAUUCGGUCCCCCUCCCUGGAUACAUUGAAGCUUACCCUCGCUCCCGUUAUCAACAGAGCUCGCCAUCCAGGCUCCAUCGUCAGUAUAGCCAGCCGAGCAGCAUGCACCCCAGCUUGGAACAGGGCCCAGUGCCCUCCACAGCGGCAUCACAACAGAGCCUGGCAGAGAAUGACCCACCUGACACCCCCCUAACCAACAUUUCCACAGCAGCCCUCGUAAAGGCUAUCCGGGAAGAGGUGGCCAAGCUAGCCAAGAAACAGACAGACAUGUUUGAGUUUCAGGUCUAAGGCCUUAGACCUGCAGGACUUAACCCUCGAUGGCAAGAGCCCUAUAAUUUCUCUAAUUGAACUUGUUGGGACUUGAGACAUAGACUUUAUAUGAGUGUCCAAAACAGGUGAACAUUGUGGCUUCAGGGAAACAGGGGACUCUCUGGAAUGACUGGAUUCUCAGCUUACUAAACUGAUUAUGCACCAAGAAUUCCCUGUGUGGAAUGAUAUGUCUGAUAUUCACUUAUGUUAUAUGUUGGAACUGUGGGUGUAUUUCUCUAGGAAGCCUUAGUCAUAGGAGACCUAACUAAUCUGCAGAUUCCUGUGUGAUGCCACUUUUGAAUAAAUUACCAGAAGGGGGAAGAACUAGCUCUGUCUUCGGUGACUUCUGCAUGUUAACUGUUUCUGUGUAAAGACAACACAGAUGUGUGAUUAAGCACCGGACUCUACCAGUUCUCACUCAGCUGGGACUGUCAUCCUUCAAAUCACCUCGGGUCCAUAAGAGAGACACACACUCCAGCCAAGAAACUUGAGCCCUUUGCUUUGAGAGGUUCAUGUUCAAAGUCAAAUGAAUUUGGAUGAAAAUCAGUAAGUUCCAUGACUGCACCUAUAAAUAGUCCUGACUCUUUUAAUCCCCCGGUAAUUAAACAAAGGCCAAGAAAAGAGAGAAGCUGAGAGGGAAUGUUGGAUUUGUGUUGACAUCUUUUUGAAAGAGUGUUGUCAUUUUGGAAACAGAGUGUGGCUCAAGUUAGGAUCUAACUGAAAGAGGGUUGGUGCUAAGAGCUUUUAGAAUCCUAUGAAAAGAACAAUGACUUGUCGCGUUUUUCCUUUGCCCUGCAGUGAAGGUGGCCUGAAAAUGAAGCUUCUUUCUUUGGAGGGGGGUGGGGUGGGUUCAUAGAGACAUCAGCCUUUACAACAGAAGUGCUGUCUCUUCCACAGUCAUGUCCAGCAUGCUGCCCAGUGACAUAAAAGGAAAUGAUCAGAGACCCGUUCGAAACAGAAACGGUGGAUCCAGUCUCCCCAGG